ACAGUGCUCUGUCUGCGACCAGAGUGGUGGUAGAUGAACAGCCCAAGUAAAGAGACUACUGACUGCUGUACAAACCAGACGACACACUGCAGAUAUACGGUCGUUGCUUGGGUGUCUUUCCGAGGAAGAUAAUGCCGGCGGUCACAAGUAAAAAUUCCGAUUUGGAGUUUGAGUCCUUACAACCUUGCUUUUAUCUGGAUGAAGAUGAUUUCUAUUUCUGCGGUCCUGAUUCCGCACCACCGGGGGAAGACAUCUGGAAGAAAUUUGAGCUGCUGCCCACGCCCCCUCUCUCCCCGAGCAGAGCGGGGCUCCCGGGGGAGCUGGCUUCGGCAUCCGGUGACUCCGGUUCGAUAGGGUUUGGAUUAUCAAACCCACUGGACUGGGCUUCGGAACUGCUUUUUCUCCCCGAAGAGGACAUUUGGGGUGCUUCGGCGGACGCGGACCUUUUCGGAUCAGCCCUGGAAAGUAACCUGAAUUCUAUCAUUAUUCAGGACUGCAUGUGGAGUGGAUUUUCGGCCAGAGAAAAGCUUGAGCGAGUGGUGAACGAGAAACUCGGCAAAGCAGUUUCGACGGCUGCUAGUUGUGGAGUGAGUGCCAACAAAGAGAACAAGGCGGUGGAGUUGAACAGUUCCGUUUCGGAAUGCGUGGACCCUGCCAUAGUUUUCCCCUUUCCCGUCAACAAGACUAGCAGUAGUUGCAUCACCAGCAGCAGCAGCAGCAGCAGCAGCAGCAGCAGCUGUAACAGUAGUAUCAGCAGAAGUCCACCUGGGACAGUUCCCUCAUCUGCUUCCAACAGUUAUGCGGACGACACCCCAAGUGAUUCUGACGACGAGGAUGACGAUGACGAGGACGACGAAGACGACGAGGACGACGAGGAGGAGGACGAGGACGAGGAGGAGAUCGACGUGGUGACGGUGGAGAAGCGGCGGUCCACGGCCGCCAAGCCCGGCGCCGCGGCGACGCGGCCGAAGGCGGGAGGCGCCUCGGCGACCCGGCCCCAGGAGGCGAUCCUCAAACGCUGCGCCCCCAUCCACCAGCAGCACAACUACGCCGCCCCCUCGCCCUACGCGCAGGAGGAGCCGGCGCCGGCGCCGCCCAAAAAGGUCCGCAACGAGCCGCGCCCGGGCCCGGGCCCCGCCAAGCCCUGCCCGGGGCCCCCCGCCGGCCCCCAGCGCUGCAGGAAGAGCGAGAGCCCGCGCGCCUCGGACUCGGAGGACAGCGAACGGCGCCGGAACCACAACAUCCUGGAGCGCCAGCGGCGCAACGACCUGCGCUCCAGCUUCCUGGCGCUGCGCGACCACGUGCCCGAGCUGGCGCGCAACGACAAGGCCGCCAAGGUGGUCAUCCUCAAGAAGGCGGCCGAGUACGUGCGCUCGCUGGAGCUGGACGAGCGGAGGCUGCAGGGGGAGAGGGACCGGCUGCAGGCUCGGAGGCAGCAGCUCGUCAGGCGCUUGGAGCAGGCCAGGACUCGCUAG